GUCGUUGACGUCGAAAGUGCAUGCGUUGUACCGUGCCCGCCCGACGCUCCCUACAUAGCCCUGAGUUAUCAAUGGGGCACAGAUCAGAAGAUUAAGUUGAAGAAAGAAUCUAUAAGUAUCAUGACCACGCCAGGCUUCUUCAACACGGCAGACGGCCAGCCAGCGCAAACCAUUCGGGACGCCAUGACCGUGGUGCAGCAAUUAGGGUACAGGUUCGCCUGGAUCGACGCCCUAUGCAUUGUACAGGACGAUGUCGAGAACGUCAUUGAGAACGUAGAUCGAGUGGAUCAGGUCUACCAAGGAGCGCAUCUCACUAUCGUGGCAGCCGCUGGCCAAAAUGCUUACCACGGCCUCCCAGGAGUCUCGACCUCACGGACGGAACGUCAGCUACGCGUCCUCAUCAAAGGUAUCACGAUCUCCAGCAUGCUCGAGAAUGCAAACAGAGCCAUUACUUUUACGCGAUGGAAUACACGUGGGUGGACGUAUCAAGAGCGCCUUCUAUCUAAGAGACUCGUUACAUUCACAGCUUCUCAGGUAUUUUACCAAUGUGAUCGGGGCUGCGACUUUCAGGAACAGUACCCAUGCACACCCGCCAAAGACUUCACUCACACCGUGCUUGAUCCGCUCGCAAGGCUCGAUCUCGAGAACCGGAAUAUCUGGGAUGUGUAUGCCAUCGCAGUCGCAGAGUACACCAGACGGUCCCUUACUGAUCCAAUGGACAAGCUGCGCGCUUUGAGCGGUAUCUUAAAUUACCUCCAGCAACCAUUCGGAGCACCCUUCUUGUGUGGUAUUCCUUCUACUCUCUUCGAUGUUGGAUUGCUUUGGAAGCCGCUUGGCCUUUGUAGCCGUAACAACUCCAUAUUUCCUAGUUGGUCAUGGGCUGGUUGGGAU